GAAAGCCGUUGGCGCGUGUCUAGACCGGACGUGAAUUGAGGCUGGGGAUAUUGGGGGCCACAGAAAAGCAGAAACUGCCUCACAGGGCUCGGCAAUGGUAGAGUUACUAUAACCUUUAAGUAAUUUCCCUGUCACUGCGUUUUAUUUCAUCUGUGGCCAGAAAUGAAGUCAGAAGAGCAGAAUCCUAACAUGUCCUUCAUUGAUCAAACCAUCAAGAUGAGGAAAGAAGCAAAUGACAAGAGAGUGAUUUUGGCCUGGGGUCUGCUGAAUGUGUCAUUGGCAGGGAUGGUUUACUCAGAAAUGACUGGUAAAAUGAUAAGUACGUACUAUAACAUUCCAGACUGGCCCUUAUGGUAUAUUGAAUUAGCCUUUGCAUUUCUCUUUAGUAUAAAUGCACUGUUUGAUUUUUGGCGAUAUUUCAAAUACACAAUGACUUCACCAAGCCUUGCUCUGAGUCCAUUUCAGCAAAAGCUUCUUGGAGUACCAAACACCUGUGUACAAUCCACUCCUCCUCAAGAUGUUGUAAAAAGCAAUGUUUCAACGUCUACUCCGUCACCCAGUAUGCAAGGGCAGAGCGUGUUGAGCUAUAGUCCAUCCAGGUCACCCAGUGCCAGUCCAAAGUUCUCCAGCAGCUGCAUGAGUGGAUACAGCCCUCAAAUGCAGGCCUUAUUACCAAGCAGUGGGAGUUCUUUUAAUUCAGCUAUAGCGUAUUCGCCAAGCAGCAGCUUCUCUAAGAUGCAAAGUUUCAGUCCGACUCCUGGUUCACCACAGUAUCCAAGCAGUCUUGGCCCAGUGGAUAGUAGUGGGCUGAGGUCUCGAUACCGUUCUUCACCAUCUGCCUACAGCUCACCUACAAGACAGGAUGACUAUAUGACAGAUCUUAAGAUACUGGGCACGUUUCUACGAAUUGAAGAGGAAAAGCUGCAGCGCACUCAGAUAGGGAGUCCUGAUUCUACUUCACCAGCAAACAGUCCAACAUUUUGGAAUUACAGUCGGUCUAUAGGGGAUUAUGCACACACACUCAGGAAGUUCCAGUACCAGCUGGCCUGCCGUUCCCAGGCUCCAUCAGCCCACAAGGAUGAAGUAGACCUAAGCUCCAAACAAGCAGCAGAAGAGGUUUGGGCGAGAGUCACAAUGAAUCGGCAGCUGUUGGAGCACAUGGAUUCGUGGACUGCAAAAUUCCGAAAUUGGGUUAAUGAAACUAUUUUAGUUCCUUUGGUUCAAGAGAUGGAAUCCGUGAACAUACAAAUGAGAAGACUAGGUUGCCCAGAGUUGCAAAUCGGAGAAUCUAGCAUCGGCAGUUUGAAGCAAGCAGCUCUUUUAAAAGCUCCACUUAUUCCCUCAUUUAAUAUCAUUGUGCAAUAUCUGGACAUCACUCCAAAUCAAGAGUACCUCUUUGAACGCAUUAAAGAACUGUCCCAUGGAGGGUGUAUGAGCGCCUUUCGAUGGAAUUCAGGAGGAGACUUUAAAGGUCGUAAAUGGGACACGGAUCUUCCCACUGACUCAGCGAUCAUCAUGCAUAUGUUCUGCACAUACCUAGAUUCCAGGUUGCCUCCUCAUCCCAAGUAUCCUGAUGGAAAAACCUUCACUUCACAGCAUUUUGUCCAGACACCUGAUAAGCCAGAUACCUCAAAGGAAAAUGUGUUUUGCAUCUAUCAGAGCAGCGUCACUCCUCCGCAUUACGAGCUAGUGUAUCUAAAGCACAUUUACAACUUGCCAAAGGGAAGAAACAACCUCUUCCAUACCUUACUAAUGUUCCUGUACAUCAUAAAGACUAAAGAAUCCGGGAUGCUUGGGAGAGUCAAUCUUGGUUUAUCGGGAGUAAACAUUUUAUGGAUAUUUGGUGAAUACGGACAAUAGACGUACCUGACAUUUGGUUGAGAAUAGAUGAAAAAUUAUUUGCCCCCUCCACUAAAGUGGAGUUUUGGUUUUGUCCUUGUGUACAAUUUUUUUUUUUCUUCUUAAUGUGGGAGAUCUGGAGAGACAUUUUGGGAGAAAUACAUGUUUCUCAUGAGUAGUUUUAAAGACUUUUUCUAAUUUCAAA